AUGGUUCCACAAUUACACAAAGUUAAUGAGUUUAUUGAGAAACGCUCGCCUAUUGAAAAGUCAGUUUUCUAUGGAAUUGCAGCCAUUUUGCCAUUGAGUUUAUGUUUUGGAGUUUCUACACUGUUUUGUGGAUUAGCAUUAGCUGGAUGUUGUGCAAUAAUAUUUGGAAAAUUAUCAAAGAAAGACGCAACAGGCAGGCAAAUCCAGAAGGUGUAG